UAAUAAUAACAAAUAAAAGGUCAUAAACAUACACCAAAGAACACAAGCAGUAUGCAAUAGCAAUAUUUUAAAAUACAUGUCUCAAAUCCCGUCGCGGAGCGCGGGCACCGAAAACUAGUCAUCAUUAUAUUCUUUGCAUUACAUCAGCCUCACUCAAAAGAGAUCAUGAUUUGACGUUGCCGCCAAAAGUAUUUUAAAUUUUUUUCAUCUUCAAAUCUAAGUCCUGCCAUCUUAUUGUAUUUUCAUUUCUUAGGCUUUGACCAUAGAUUUCUAGUGUUUACUUAUUGCACUCUUCGAUCCUCUUUAGGUUGGUGGUCUAUAAGUCCCAUCUGGUUGACGCUUGGUAAGGGGAAGUUACCUUUUGUAAGCUAUAACUAAUGUUGAUCAUAAGAUUGGUGUUAUCUCAUCCAAAGGCGGUAGUUGGUUUCAUUAUGUGCCAAAAAUCUUAUGAUUGUGCACAGGAUUAGUUAUAAUUCCUUAGAUAAUAAGUUAUGGGACAAGGUUAAUUUUUCAUUCAGCCGCAUAUCAAAAUAAUUAUAUGGAUUAAGGAGUAAAAAUAAAUUGGCAUGUGAAAAGAAGAAGUUAUUAGGCUAAUAAUGGGGAUAGAUUAGUGGGAUGUUUUCCUCCUCUACCAUUUUUUUUUCUCCCAUGACGGAGAUCCAUUCAUCAUUAGUUUUCUAUAACAAUUUUGCACUACGUAUCUAGAAGUGUCUCUUUCUCAUUCUGUCCCCCUUUCUCUUUCUUUAUCACCAAACAAAAAGAAAAGAGAAAAGAAGGAAGAAAUUUCAAUUCAAAAUAGGUUGCAACAACAAUGAUGUUCAUCUUCUCAACAUAGUUGGACUUCCUUGUUGUUUUUCGGAUCCCACAAUUUUAUUUUAUCAUUUAGUGGGGGCUUUAAACUUCCUAUUAAGGUAAAUAAUGUAAGGAAUUGAAUAAUUUCUCGUUGACAUUUUGAUAUGCUUUUUGUCUUAAUUUGACGACAUAUGCUUGUUGCAGAUUUAAGUUUUCUACUAGUUUGAAUGGUUCUCUGUGGCAUACCAACUGGAGAUGCUGAGAUCGGAGAUUUUUAUCCGAUUAGGCCUGAAUGCCAAGCUGAUGUUCCCAAGACCCGUUUUAGGCCUCGCGCUGGGAAAACCCUUAGCGCAAGAAGAUGGCAUGCUGCGUUUUCUGAAGAUGGUCAUCUGGAUAUUGCCAAGGUCCUUAGAAGGAUACAACGAGGGGGUGUUCAUCCUGCUAUCAAAGGGUUAGUGUGGGAAUUUUUGUUGGGAUGCUUUGAUCCUAACAGCACAUUUGAGGAUCGAAAUGAAAUUAGGCAACGCAGAAGGGAGCAAUAUAACAAUUGGAAAGCAGAAUGCAAAGAGAUGUGUCCAAUAAUAGGUAGUGGAAGUUUUAUCAAAACUCCGGUUAUUGGGGACGAUGGGCAUCCAAUAACUGACUCUGAUGAGGGAUGGCAUGCAAGUGAUGUUGUUAUUGAUAAGAAAGUUCUUCAAUGGAUGCUAACUUUGCAUCAAAUUGGUUUGGAUGUUGUUCGCACAGAUCAAUCACUUGAGUUUUAUCAGAAUGAAGUUAAUUCUGCCAAGCUUUGGGAUAUACUAGCAGUGUAUUCUUGGGUUGAUAUGGACAUUGGUUACAUGCAAGGUAUGAAUGAUAUUUGCUCUCCAAUGGUAAUUCUUCUUGAAAAUGAUGCGGAUGCCUACUGGUGUUUUGAGCAUGCAAUGCGAAGAUUGAGGGAAAACUUUAGGACGAGCACUACUUCCAUUGGAGUACAAACUCAGUUAAGUACACUCUCUCAAGUAAUCAAAACCGUUGAUCCAAAGCUUCACCAACACCUAGAAGAUUUAGAUGGAGGUGAAUAUUUGUUUGCGUUUCGAAUGCUGAUGGUGCUCUUCAGGAGGGAAUUUUCCUUCGUAGACUCGUUGUAUCUUUGGGAGCUGAUGUGGGCUAUGGAGUACAACCCAAAUAUCUUUACCAUGUAUGAAGAGUCCAAAGAGGCUGAUGAAGAAGAGGAGAAAGAGGUAGCAGCACCUGCAUCAAAUAACAAGCAACAACUACAACAAUAUGGCAAGUUUGAAAGGAAGUAUGUGCAGACUGGCAUUACAGACCAACAUAGCGCACUUUCUAUCUUCCUAGUGGCAAGCAUUCUCGAGGCUAAGAACAAGAAGAUCUUGAAAGAAGCUAAAGGGUUGGAUGAUGUUGUCCAGAUAUUGGGCGAUGCUACAGGAAAUUUGGAUGCUAAGAAGGUAUGUCAAGAGGCCUUGAAGAUACACAAAAAGUACUUGAGCCAGGUAUGCCAUCAAAUGCUUUUAGUUAUCUUAUUUUUCAUGAUGCUUGUCUAAGUGAUUCCAUAUAGCCCUUCAAGUCGUACAUAUUAUGAGAUUUUGAUAGAAGAUCAUUCUAGAUUUGGUAGGCCAAACAAACCACUAGUCUUAAGUCGGACACACAUUAUUCUAUUCACUCACUUGCAAGUACAGAUAAAAUAGUUAAACUAGAAUUGGUACUUAUAUUUGAUAGGCCAAGAAGUGAUAAAAGAUGGAAUAUUACUGCAGAGCACUAGCUAAAACUUUGGAAGGCAAGGAAGUGAAGAUUGGGUACUCCACCAAACGUUACAAAUGGUAUCAUGGUGUUUGCUUUGGAUUUGGAGGAUUCCUCAUAUAAAGCUUUUAGGUAUAAGGGGGAGUGUCAUUUUCCAUCUAUUGGAUGGAGCUAUUACAUUUUAUUUCCACUCAACUAUGUUGCACUUUUUUUAGUAUAUAUGUCAUUUUCCCUGUUGUUGUAACCUAAACAAAGUAAAUACAUGUUGUAUCAAAUUAGAACAAAAAAUCUUGACAAAUUUGCAGCUCUAUUCCUAAUUCUUUGGGGUGGUCAAAACUAAGGGCUCAACCAAUGUUAGGUAUCGUUAUCAAGGCAAUAGUAGCCUCUUGGAAUUCCUCUAGAAUUUGGCCAACUCUUAACCACUAACUAUUAUCUCUUUUGUGACGUAUACAUAAUACUCGUAGUUUCUUGUUAAAAAUAAUCAUGUUGCUUGACCCAAUGGAGCACGAACAAGGCGUGUAUGAAAUUCAAUCACACUAUUAAACCAAAUAUACGACUCAAAUCCAUGUCUAGCCUCCUAGACAAAACUUUCUUGAAACUCAUGCUUCGGCCCAUGUCAUGUCUAUAGCAAUCUUGAAGCUCUUGUAUCAUCUUCGCAUGUUGUCAUCAUGUGUGAACCUUUUAGUGCUCUCGCUUGAUAUUGCGUUUUCCUUACACUUUCAAUCAACAUUUUGUGAUUGCCUUAAGAUUAAAGACAAGCUCAUUGGACUAUUCAAGAUUUGGGCAAAUCAAAAAAUAAACCCCUGUGGGACAUGACAUAAUAAGAAUUCUAUAAACGUGCAUAAAAAAUAAAAAUGGUUGAACAAAAGGAAUAUGAGGUAGCUGAAAAAAGCACAUGAUAAUAAUUUUACAUGGUUCCCUCAUUUGAUUAUGAAUGAGAGUACUCCACAGAAAGUUUGAAGCUCUCAUACUCUUUUCUUAUAUAUUAUUGUGGCAAAAUUGAUGUGUUGAUUGAGAAGUGGUAGAACACCCACCUCAAUCAACAUCAUAGUACACCAUAAGCUUGAAAAAACUAUAAGUAGCACAUAACAAACCACACAUGGGGUCUGUAUAAGAUACAGUAAAAUUUGAUGAGUUGCAUCCAAUUGCGCCUACGUGGAUGCAUAAACUACCUAACUAAUUAAGUUGAUAGAGUAAUUGAUGUAGGGACUUGUGACUGUGAGAUAUAACAAAAGACCCACUAAAUAGUAGAAUGCUGAAGGAUAUUCAACACGAGGAGAAUGUAAACAACCAAGUUGAUGAUUCUGCGUAACUCGGGUGGAGCAGGGGCAAGUACCUUGAAACCUAGAGUCAAUAAAAAUGUCUAAGACAUACUUGUGUUGAUUGAGAACUAGACCAUUGGGUGACUGAGCGACGUCAAUUUCCAAGAGAUAUUUGAGUGACCACAGAUCCUUGAUGGUGAAGCGCUUAUGUAGGAAAACUUUAAAACUCUGAAUGAAAGGAAGGUUGCUGCUUGCUAACACAACGUCAUCAGCAUAAAUUAAGGAGGCAGAAAAAGAGGAUCCAAAAUUGUAAAUGAACAAAGAAUGAUCCGCUCAAUUAUAACAUACCACAAAUACAACAAGAUAUGGGAGAAUCUUAUAUACUAGUUGGGACAAGCCUAUUUGAGCCCAUAAAUCGACUUAUGAAGAGGGCAAAUACAAGUAUCACCUUUCUACAAAAAAACCUUCCAUAAUCUUCAUGUAAUUUUUUUAUGUAAGUCACAAUGAAAAAAGCAUUAUUGA